CGACACCAAACUUGCUACCGAGACUUCCGGGUGUGGAGGCGGUGUUAGUGAGUGAGUGUCUGUGUGGACUCAGAUGUCUAUACUAAAUUUAAUAACCUAACUCUCCCAAUUCACGUUCGAGCGGAACAAACGGAGCAGGUGACACAGUGGAAACCAACCUGCUGCAAAAAUGAAUGAUUACCUCAGAGGAAGGCAGACUAGAGAGUGAACUCAGCUGGUUUUAAAAGGUCCUCGUGAUUGUCAAAGAUGUCAGGCGGUAAUAUCCUAAGCAAAGUGCGCUCUGUGUUCAGGAGAGAGCGGAGCGACUGGGACCUGAGCGACUCGGCGCCCUUUGACUUUUCCGAUGAGCUGGUGGAGGAUGAGAUCCCCAAGUUUAACAAGUUGAAGGUGGUGGUGUCUGGGGAGAUGUCAGAUUACUCUGCAGGGGCACCGUCCAACGGCGUGGCGGUCAACACUAUGGUGGUGGCGGCGGACGAAGAUGACGACUCCUUGUUGGACUCCUCUUCUAACAUGGGGAGCCCCAGACUGAACAUGGACCCCUGUGACAACUGCACCAAGAAGAGGGAGUUGAUCAAACAAAGGAGGGUGAUGAAGAGGCUCGUCAUUGCAGCGGUGCUUUAUAUCCUUUUUAUGACAGGAGAAAUCAUAGGUGGUUAUGUAUCAAACAGCCUAGCAAUUAUGACGGACGCUGUCCACAUGCUGACGGACGUUGUGGGCAUUUUGUUUUCUCUGCUGGCCCUGUGGUUCUCCAACAAACCACCGACCAAGAGGUUCAGCUUUGGACUGCACCGCCUGGAGGUGCUGUCUGCCGUCGUCAGUGUGCUGCUCAUCUACAUUUUAACAGCCGUUCUGCUCUAUGAGGCAGUUCAGAGGACGGUCCACCAGGACUUUGACAUCGAUGGAGAUGUCAUGCUCAUCACUGCUGCUGUUGGAGUGGCUGUCAACCUGAUAAUGGGCUUCCUGUUAAAUCAAGGAGGUCACGUCCACUCUCACGGCCACGGUCAUUCACACGGCCCCCCAACUGCUGUGGACACAGAGCCCCAUGCAUCGGGUCAUCCUCAGAGGCCACACGGCAGCCUGGCGGUCAGAGCAGCGUUCAUACACGCUUUGGGAGACCUCCUCCAGAGUGUGGGUGUGCUCAUCGCCGCCUACAUCGUCCGCUUUAAGCCGGACUUAAAGUUGGCAGACCCCAUCUGCACCUAUAUCUUCUCUGUUCUAGUUCUCAUCACCACAUUCCGUAUCAUGAAGGACACGGUAGUGAUCGUUCUGGAAGGUGUUCCAAGACAUCUGGACAGUGAUCGAAUCAAAGAGGACCUGCUGAAACUGGAGGACGUCCAGUCAGUGGAGGAGCUGAAUAUCUGGGCACUGACCUCUGACAAGACAGCAGCAUUAGUUCAUAUCCAACUCGUGCCCUCUAGGGCUGAAAACUGGGAGGAUGUCCAAGCACGAGCCCGCCACCUUUUACUUCACACUUACGGUCUCAGUAGGUGUACUGUACAGGUGCAGACUUACAGGCAGAGGCUGCUGCGUACUUGUGUACAUUGCCAGCAUUCCACUGCUUAAAGUAAAAAAAAAUUUUUUUUAAAAAGGCAUUGAACACACAUUGACUUCCAAAGUGCAUUUCCUCUGGGUGCUGUCCAGCAGACAAUUGGUAAAAGCAAGCACUUGGAUGGAUGUUGCAGUGUUGUCGCAGCUCGGUGCCAUAGCAGCAACUACAGUAUGAAAGUGGAAGUGAACUGGUGCCAAAGGACAAAUGGUCAUUUAACGGAUUACAGACGUCUCCUGAAACAGACUGCUCUGACGCCUGCACACCCCACAGGGGUUAUUGAAUGCUUCAAAAAAUGUUAUAACCUGUUCACCAUUAAGGCCUAUCCCACAACUAGUGUAAGAAUUUUUAAAUUAAGUUUUUAAUUUCAUUUGAACGAAUGAAAGCCGUACCUCAGCUCAUUUAAAAAUAACCACAUUGUUGAGGAGGAAAACAAAAUAAUUCCUCUCUGCUGGGUCACCUACCACGUGUUGUUAACACUCUGCAGCCAUUAUUAACUGGAGUGUUUUAUAAACUGCGUUUAUCUUAAGAGCUCUUAGCUCGUUCUCAAUUGGCCAAACCAACUGACAGUUGAAAUGAUUGGACGUGUGUGAGACUUACACUUUAUCCUCUUGCGUCUCACCACUGCGCUGAGAUGCAGCAACUGACAAUCAAUGUGACUGACUUCAAGGAUCGUGUAGGUGACGUCACCUCGGUGUGGUCCCAGCCUUACACCCUCCAUACAUAUAUACAUCUACCCAGCUUUUUCUCAUAUCUUGAAAAGACGUGCAAAUAAUGGAAAAAACCAUCAGUGUUUCACACUUUAUUUGUUGUUGCGCAGGAAGAAAGUAAUAAUUUAAAUUUGCCAAUAGUAUUGUUUAUACUGUUUGUUGUUUUAAGUUGAGAGGCGGUGAGGGUAAUUUGAUUACAAACCUCUUCCUGUUGUUGGGGACUGGAUCACUGUUUUAUUUGUAAUAAAGUAUUUAAUCUCC